AUGGAUAAGCAGAAUAGGGGAUGGAUAAAACUUAAGGACAGAACUUUGCCAGAGUACUUGAAAGGAAUUGAUGAUUUUUUAAAUUUUGCUUUCUCUGGAUCGAAACCGAAAAGGUUCAUUAGGUGCCCAUGCUCUAAAUGCAAUAAUUUUAAUUAUAAAUCAAGAGAUGAUGUGAUGCAUGAUUUACUAAAAUGGGGAUUUGAACCAAGUUAUGAGCGUUGGGAGUAUCAUGGCGAAAGCUUAAGUGAUGCAUCAUCUGAUAAUGACGCUGGCAACGAUUGCGAUGUUGAUCUUGAAAUAAGUGAUAAUUCUCAAACUUACUCCAUGCUUCAUGACAUGCAUCAAUCACUUAACAUGGAUAGAGGUAAUGUGUUUGAUAAUCCUGGGCCUAGCAGUAUGAAUGAGGAGCCUAAUAAGGAUGCUAAAAGGUUUUAUGGAUUGUUGAAAGAUGCUGAGCAAAAACUUUAUCCUGGUUGUCAAAAAUUCUCCAAAUUAUCUUUUAUUAUGCGCCUUUUUCAAAUGAAGUGUGUUUAUGGAUGGAGCAAUAAUUCAUUUGAUUCACUAAUAAAACUACUCGUUGAAGCUUUAGCUGAAGGAAAUGUUCUUCCCAACUCUAUGUAUGAGAUUCAGAAGACUAUUAGAGAUCUUGGACUUGAUUAUGUCAAGAUAGAUGCUUGUGUCAAUGAUUGCAUUCUGUUUAGAGGAGAAGAAUAUGAAAAUCUGGAUAAAUGUCCAAAAUGUGGGGAAAGUAGGUGGCAAGAAAAUAAGAAGAAGAAUGUUGUCCCCAAUAAGGUAGUUCGAUACUUCCCUAUAAAACCAAGACUACAAAGAUUAUUUAUGUCAAAACAAAUUGCAGAUGAUAUGAAAUGGCAUAAGAAUAAAAGAGUUGAUGAUGGAGUUAUGAGGCACCCGGCUGACUCAUUAGCAUGGAAACGUUUUGAUGAUAACCAUGAACUUUUUGCUUCAGAUCCUCGUAAUGUAAGACUUGGCUUAGCAUCUGAUGGUUUCAACCCAUUUGGUAUUAUGAGCACCAACUAUAGUGUGUGGCCAGUUGUUUUAAUUCCUUAUAACUUGCCUCCUUGGUUGUGCAUGAAACAACCAAAUUUCAUUUUAACUUUGCUUAUUCCAGGCCCAAAAGGUCCUGGGAUAGAUAUUGAUGUUUAUCUUCAGCCGCUAAUUGAUGACUUAAAAGAUUUGUGGGAUGAAGGUAUUGAAACUUAUGAUGCAUCAUCGAGACAAAAUUUUCAAUUGCAUGCAGCCUUAUUGUGGACAAUCAAUGACUUUCCGGCUUAUGCCAUGCUAUCUGGAUGGAGCACUAAAGGAAAACUAGCUUGCCCUUGUUGUCAUUCCGAAACCAGCUCUUGUCGUUUGAAAUAUGGUCACAAGCAAUGCUACAUGGGCCAUCGUAGAUUCUUACCUACUCAACACCCUUGGCGUAUGAAAAAGAGCCCUUUUGAUAACACACGAGAGUUAAGGAUUGCACCUGAACCAUUAACUGGAGAUCAAGUGAUUGCACAACUGGAGAGUCUUGAGCUGCUACCAUUUGGAAAAGCUACAAGAAAAAGAAAAAGAACUACAAACGUAAAUCAUAAUUGGAAGAAGAAAAGUAUCUUUUUUGAAUUACCUUAUUGGAGAACAAAUUUAUUGAGGCAUAACAUAGAUGUGAUGCACGUGGAGAAAAAUAUUUGUGAAAGUGUUAUUGGGACGUUGUUGGAUCUAGAAGGCAAAAUAAAAGAUACAAUAAAGUCUAGAUUAGAUUUGCAACGUAUGGGACUCAAGAAGCAGCUUCAUCCUAUAAAGGUUGGGGAUAAAUAUAUGAUUCCACCAGCACGUUACACGAUGUCAAAGGAAGAAAAGAUUAAUUUUUGUCGUAUCUUGAAGGAUGUGAGGUUUCCUGAUGCAUAUGCCUCAAAUAUAGGUCGUUGCGUAAAUAUAAAUGAACUCAAGAUUUCAGGACUUAAAAGUCAUGAUUAUCAUGUUAUACUUGAGAGACUUCUUCCCCUUGCCAUAAGAGGAUUGCUUCCCAAGGAUGCUUGUGAUCCUUUGAUUGAGUUGUCUUUAUUCUUUGGUGAUUUAUGCUCUAAAGAGUUAGAAUUAAAUGAGCUGGAUCGUUUACAGAAUUAA